AUGGACGACUAUGACUACGACGAUCUUGACCUCGACGAUGGCUGGCUCUACGUCGAGGACGAGUUCGAUUUGGCCGACGAACUUGCAGAAGGUCAAAUCGCCGAACCGGGAUACUCGGGCACCAACUUUGACAUCGCCAUGGACUCGUAUGAAUUCGAACUCUUCGCUUAUUGGGACGAUUUGGAGUAUGCGGAUGAUGCGUACUGGGACUACAGUCUGGCGGGGAAAGAGGACACUUUGAAGAGGAAGCGGGGGACGGGGGGAAAGAAGAACUUGGUGGACAAGAGGCGGAGGAAGGAGAUCACGUACAACCGGGAGGAUGAUCCUCUGCUGCUUGUCAGUCGCGAACAGAGGAUGAGGUCCUUCUUCAAACCAGCCCCGUUGCUUGAGGACACCGUCAAGUACACCUUUCUCGCCGACUGGAAGGAGCGAUUCGCGAAUGCAGAUGGUCUGGUGGAGAGCAAGGAUAUGCCCGUCUCUAUGAAGCGAGCGGCGGAGGCGGAAACAGUGGAGGCGGAAGAAGAGAUGGGAGACACUGAGGAAGCUUGGGAGGACGAGGACGAGGAUGACGACGCAGACGAGAAUGGUCAAGAUGACGAGGAAGGGGAGGAGGGAGAUGAUGAUGAAGGCGGGCCAGGCCUCGAUCCCGACAUGCUCAAAGAGAUUCUCAAACAGAAGCUUGGCGACGCGGGUCUCGCAGGCGAGGAUGAAGCCGCCUUCAUGCAAGUCAUAGCCAAGAUGAUGUCCGGCGAUGAGGACACGGACGAGCUCACCGGAAAUCUGGCCAACUCUUUGCUCGGGAAGCUCACCUCGGAUUCUGGACGCGACUCGGCUCUAUCUGGCUGGCUGUCUCAGCAGGGCGUCUCGCUGCAAGAUGGCGAAGACGACGAUGCGUCGAGUGUUGCUACUCUUGACUUGCCAGAAGGCGUACGCCACACCGGCCUCAACACUCGUCAAAACGCCCAGUACUCGCCUAUCGAUAGCGUGGUGGGUGAAAAGAGAAUCUCCAAGCAGACGCCUUUGCAUUCCGGCUCACCUGAUUCAUCCUCGACGAAGAAACGAGUGGCACCUACAAUCGCCGAAAAGGACCAACCCAGCAAAAAACAGAAGAAAGUCGCAUUUGAUGUUCCAUCUUCGUCCUCGGUGGAGGAGGCUUCGACGCACAUUGCUUCUCCGGAUGGCGCAGCAGAGCUACCUACCAGCGAGGACCCACUCAUGUCUGAGAACACGYUCCCCCAGCACUCCACGCGUUCCCGGAAGAGAGAUAAUGUGGAAACAGACGGAGCGAGUUGCAAGCCGAGUGCGCGGACUACUGCUACACGCAAACGCAAAGCUGCGGAAGACAUCGUAGACGGAAAGCUGCCCGAAAAGAAGAAGACGAUAAAGAAGGAGGUCGACAUGCUGGAGAAUGUGGCGGCCGGUAGCCCAAUGGGACCGCCGGCAAGGCGGACCAGAGCUGCGAAGGCUCGAGGGAGCAACAAGUAG